CCAGCUGCCGUUGCCGUGGUGACGGCUCCGGCUAAUUGGCCGGCGGAGCGAGCUUGAGGCAGCUGUUCCGGCCAGGAGGGACAAGGACGUCGUCUCUCCCGGGCACUGAGUACUGAGGGGUGGGGGACAUAGAGGCCAGAGCGCAUUGGCGAAGGUGAAGGAGCUGGGCACUUUAGCUCGUUGCAUUGGGGUCUGGGAGUUUGGACCCUCCCCCCUUCACCUUGAAGAAGCUCCCCCAGGAGCCCAUGGGCUGAAAUAAUCUCCAAGCACCUUUUUGGCAGGUGGGGUGGGGAUGAGCUGGGCUGAGAGACGUUUCUCCUCUGCAAAGAGAGAAGUGGCGACAGGUCAAUGCCAAGGUCACACAGUCAGACUGGCUGUCAGACCCAUGGAGCUGCUGCCUUCAGGAGCUGGCUCCUCCGCCUGAGCCUGGCAGCAAAGCCAACGCUUACCCCUCCCCGGGCCUCAUCUUAUCCCCUCAGCCCAGGCUGGGGGCUGCUGGCUCACGAAUUCCUUCUUCUUGUCCCCAGACCCAAGGACUCUGUGGUCUGUCACCUGGCAGAGACUCCCCACUCCUUUUUGAGGCUAAGAAUCCCUGGAUUGGCUUCCUUUUCGUGGAAUCCCUAGGUCCUCAUUUCAAGUUCAACGAAGGUCAUAUUUACUAUGUGCUGAAUGUUGUCCGGAGACUGUUCACUCGUCACUGGACAAAUGCUUGGGUGACCACCCCCUGUGCUGAGGACACAGCAGCACAGUCCCUGCCCCUCUGGAUGCACAAUCUACUGAAAAAUGAACCUUAAAACAAGCCUUUGGGGGCUUUUAAUGACUACCUGCAGCCCAGAAAUUAAUGCUUGCCCAAGGCCACCCAGCUGCUCAGGGGUCCAGGUGGGAUCUAAAAUGCCCAUUGGGGAUAGUAUGGGAGGUAACCUUCAGCAUCUCACGUGAGGGCUCCUGAUACCGACUUUUCCUUACAGAACAAGUUGGUGAACUUCUGUGAAGUGCCAGAAAGUGAAUAUUUUUUUUUCUUGGAGGCUCACAUGUUCCUUGUCAAAGCUCUUCAACUCUGUCUGGGUAAAGCAGCCAUCGCAGUCCUUGAGUGGGCGUGGCUGUGUUCCAAUAAAACUAAUUGUUUGGGACAUUGAAAUUUAAAUUUCGGACAUUUUGCACAAGUCCAUAAGGAGUAACCUACUUUGGACUUUUUCCCCCCCAGCCAUUUAAAAUAUACCAAUCCAUUUUAGCUGGAGGGCUGUAGAGAGAAGCAGGCUCUGUGGCCAGCGCUGACCUUGGAGUCUUACCUGCCCGCCUCUGUUUAGACUAGCUGGGUUCUCCUUCCCUUACCUUCUGGUCUCAAUCAGUUCUCCAUUGCUGACCACCCAUGAGCCCAGGGCCCCCAGUGUGAGGAAGAGUCAGCAAUCCAGAGGACCUCUCCUCCCUUGACCCUUUCAUGGUUCUUUUUGCUCCACGACACUCAUCUUGCUCCUGGGCUUUGAUAAAACUGUGCAUCCUCAGCAGGGGCACACAGUGGCCUUGGGUGUGGUCAUCAUGGUUUUAUAGAUGGUUCCCUCUUGACCAGCCUAUGCCCAGGGAACGAGAGAAUGGACAUGGGACUUUGUAAAUAAACAUCACUUUAUUCCAAACAAAGUUGAAGCACUUUCACCUGUAAACCCCGCCAGGUGAUAGAUUCCUGCUGAUCCGUGUACUUCUGUGUAUGUGCCAGGACAAUACCUGGGGCCUGGGCAAUCAAUCACCUUGUUCUCAUAAGACACAGAAAGAGUGCAUUUUAUUUUGCAGCCAGGCAGUACCCAAGCUUUUUCAAAGUCCAUGUCCCAUCUCAACAGCACCCCUUUAAGUAGGGAGUGGCCUUUCUACUAAACAAAAGAAGCAACAGGUUCAGAGAGGCUCUCUGACUUGCUCAAGUCACAUGGCCAGUCAGUGGGGCAGGGCCAGGAUUGGUACUCCCCCACCCGGCUCCUUUGGGUGCACCUUCAGAUAUUGUUCUGUGUGUGGUUUGAGUUUGGAGUUUGGGGGAGUAUGUUGGAGUCUUUCCCAAGCUGCAGUUCAUCUCUGGCAGUUUCAAGGAUUCUGAACUUUUCAUGAGCCAUGUAUGACCUAUACUGUUAUUAAUUGUUUUUUCUAUAAAUGGACUUUUUUUAACUUCAAAAAAUCAUGUGAAGAGGAAACUUUAUGUCAAGUACCCUAAUAGGAAACCGGGAUCACGUGGUGGUGGAUGCAGAAAGUAACUGGAAAGCGACUCCGUAUCAUUCCCUGCUAGCUGGGUAGGUGGACCUGGGGCUCAGAGCUGGGCUCACCUUCCUUUGUUUCAGAGGGAAGGUGGGUGUGAUCCAGGGUCAGAAAGAUGUUAAUAUGUCCAUGGGAGAAACGGAGACCUUCUCCCUGCUUGCAAGAGACCCCCCCCCAAAAAAAAGAUGAUAACGUCUCCCUCUUGAUUUCAAAGUUCUGAGCUGGGCACCCCAGUGCAUCUCGGGAGGCAUCCUGGGCUGGGCUGCAGGCCCCUGAGCUUCCUGGUUUCCUUGGCCCAUUUGAAAGUCAUUAGCAAGAGGGUGGGGGAGUCUGCGCCUUGAGAACCUGUGAGAAGAAGACGGGGUGUGUGUGGGGGGGGCCCCCCACCCCCCGCCUCCUGAGGACCUGAUUGCAGCUUCCUGUCCAACUCCCCCAAUUAGUGGGUGGUCAUAUAAAACUCUGCACAUCACUAUUGGAGCAGAAUUGGAAGGUAGGGCCUCCGGCAGGGCGUGGGCUCCAAGUGACAUCCAUUCGGUGCCUGCCUGCACGCUAGCUCAUCAUGUCCUUUUGGGGUGGCUUAGUGGCUAUUUCUGUAUAGGAAGGUUUGCGAGUCCCCUGGAGUCUGGCUGUGCUGGAUAGCAUGACUCUCUAUCCACCCGCUCUGAUUCAUAACAGCAUACGGUGCAAACCCAAUCGAAAUGCUCAAGUUGCCCAUUCAUUCGGUGUUGGCUAAUCAGGAGGCUACCAGCAGUCCUGAGCAUAGCAACACCUUGUUAGAAACUCCUCUCCCUUCCCAGGAUGCUGGAACCACUGAACGAGGGUUUUCUUUCUAGAAUCUCUGAUCUGCUGAUGUGUAGAUGGAGCUGCCGGCACUGCUGUCAGAAGUGCUACGAGUCCAGCUGCUGCCAGUCAAGUGAGGAUGAAGUGGAAAUCCUGGGGCCUUUCCCAGCGCAGACUCCUCCCUGGCUGAUGGCCAGCCGGAGCAGCGAGAAGGAUGGUGACUCCGUCCACACAGCCAGCGAUGUCCCCCUCACUCCCCGGACCAACUCCCCAGAUGGGAGACGCUCGUCCUCAGACACAUCCAAGUCCACAUACAGCCUGACGCGGAGGAUUUCCAGUCUGGAGUCGCGGCGCCCCAGCUCCCCGCUCAUCGACAUCAAACCCAUUGAGUUUGGCGUCCUCAGCGCCAAGAAGGAGCCCAUCCAGCCGUCGGUGCUGCGCCGGACCUACACCCCCGACGACUACUUCAGGAAGUUCGAGCCCCGGCUCUACUCCCUGGACUCGAGCAGCGACGACGUGGACUCGCUGACGGACGAGGAGAUCCUGUCCAGGUACCAGCUGGGCAUGCUGCACUUCAGCACGCAGUACGACCUGCUGCACAACCACCUGACGGUGCGCGUGAUCGAGGCCCGGGACCUGCCGCCCCCCAUCUCCCACGACGGCGCGCGCCAGGACCUGGCGCACUCCAACCCCUACGUCAAGAUCUGCCUGCUGCCCGACCAGAAGAACUCCAAGCAGACCGCGGUCAAGCGCAAGACCCAGAAGCCCGUGUUCGAGGAGCGCUACACCUUCGAGAUCCCCUUCCUCGAGGCCCAGAGGAGGACCCUGCUCCUGACCGUGGUGGACUUUGAUAAGUUCUCCCGCCACUGCGUCAUUGGGAAAGUGUCCGUGCCCCUGUGCGAGGUGGACCUGGUGAAGGGCGGGCACUGGUGGAAGGCGCUGAUCCCCAGCUCUCAGAAUGAAGUGGAGCUGGGGGAGCUGCUGCUGUCUCUGAAUUACCUCCCGAGUGCCGGGAGACUGAAUGUGGACAUCAUUCGAGCCAAGCAGCUUCUUCAGACCGAUGUGAGCCAAGGCUCAGACCCAUUUGUGAAAAUCCAGCUGGUGCACGGACUCAAGCUCGUGAAAACCAAGAAGACAUCCUUCUUAAGAGGCACCAUUGAUCCUUUCUACAAUGAGUCCUUUAGCUUCAAGGUUCCCCAAGAAGAACUGGAAAAUGCCAGCCUCGUGUUCACAGCCCUGCCAGAGCUGCCUCAGACGUCCCUGUGUCCCCUGUUCUGGAUGGAGUUCAAAGGCCACUGCUAUCGAUUCUUUCCUCUCAAUAAGACCUGGGCCGAGGCUGACCUCCACUGUUCCGAGUUCUCCAUCGGCAGGAAAUCCGCCAAACUGGCCUCCAUCCACAGCUGGGAGGAGAACGUCUUUGUGUAUGACCUGGCCAACAGCUGUGUGCCCGGCAUCCCGACGGACAUCUGGACGGGCCUUCACGAUCAUCGACAGGAAGGGCAGUUUGAGUGGACGGACAACUCCUCUUACGACUACAGCUACUGGGACGGCAGCCAGCCAGAUGAUGGGGUCCACGCGAGGCUGGAGGAGGAGGACUGUGUGCAGAUGUGGUACCGGCCGGCCAGUGCUCUGAGGUCAUGGAAUGAUAACGCCUGCAGCCGGAAGUUCCCUUUUGUCUGCAAGAUCCCACCUCUGAGCGUUAACUGAUGCACCGUUGGCCCCAGCAUCACCGAGUAGCUGUACCUACUAUAAAGCUGAAGCUGAAUAGAUGCAAAAUGCCACCAGAGGUAAAUCUUAACGAGAUUUCAAACAAACAAGCCUUAAUUAUUCAGGGUGGCCACUUGGCCAAGUGACAGAGACCCAAAUGGAACUAGCUCAAUAAACAAAAAGCGGUGGUGGAUGUACUGGUGCAAGCCGAGGGGUGGUUCUGGACUCAGGCUUGAAUCUCAUUGGCUGGGUGCAGCCUCCUGCCCGCCCCGAAGCCUCACUUGGCAAAGCUGAUUGGCUGGGCCCUGCUGAGACGCACAGAACAGGGCCGAGGGGGCGGAGUUGACCGCAUCCGAGGGGUUGAGUGGGGGGAUAAGCAGAUGCUGGGUGAAGGGCACGAGCUUUCGGUAAUGAGAUGGACAAGUCCUGGAAAUCUAGUGGAUGACACAGUGACUGCACCUCGUAAUAUCACGUGGUCUUUUGAAAUUUGCUAAGGGCAGAGAUAUUAAGGAUUCUCUCCAAAAACCAAAAGGUCAAUGUGUGUGAUGAUUGACAGGUGAAUUAGCUUGACUGCGGCAUGGUUCACAGUGUAUAUUUAUAUCAAAGCAUUGAAUUACACAUUUCUAUGGAGGGUUGGUCCCAGGAUCCCGUGCAGAUACCACAAUCUGAUGCUCCCCGAUUCCCUGUCAUAGAAGGGUGUGACAUUUGCAUAGAACCUUCGCACGGUCGCCCAUGUACUUUGAAUCAUCUCAAGAUUACUUAUAAUAACUAAUGCAAGGGAAAUGUCAUUGUGUUGACAUGUAGACAGUUGUUCUCUGUAUUAUUUAGGGAAUAAUGACAAGAAAAAUAAGUCUGCAUGGCUGGUACAAAGCAUUUUUUUUUCUUUCAUAUUUACAAUCUGCUGUGGGUUGAAUCCACAGAUGUGGCACCUACAGAGAGGGAAGGAUGAUUGUAGAUACAAGGCUU